CUGAUGUGAGCCUGCUGUGUGUCCUGAGAGGUGACACUGGGGUUUUUACCUUUAUAAACUCUGAGCUGCCCAGUGUAACGAUGCCUCGAGGAAGAUCGGCCACAAGUGCCCGCUCAGACAGCAGUGAGAUGGAUGCUGAUGGUACAGCAGAAUCAGAGAUAGCCAGACUGCAGAGACAGUUCAGGAUCAUGGAAGGAGAUCGGCAGGCCUACAACCUUCAGGCCCGGGAGCAGAUCCGCAAACAACAGCAGGAAAUAGAGAAGCUGCUGAAGGAGCAGGAGGAGUUGCAUCGAAACCUUGGUGCAUGUAAGAGCUUCUCACGCCAACAGCAGGAAAGUGAGGACACCCAGAGUCUGUGUGCUCUGCUGGAGCAGAGAGACGUGCUAGAGGAGGAGCUGGGGAAAGAGAAGCAGCAUCAAAAAGAGAUAGAGAAAGAGAUCGCAAAUAUGGAGUUGAAGCUGGCAGACCUGAGAAAAGGGGACGUCAGUACUAGUGAUUCACAGAGGUCAGAGGUACGGCGGGCUCAGAAGGCCGUACGCACGUUGGAAUACAAACUGGACAGAGCCUUGACUCGCUUCAAUGAGCAACUAACCAAAAACGGCCACCUGAGAGAGGAGUUGCAAACUCUUCAUAUUGAGCGUGUCCGUUUCCAGCAACUACAAAACAGGCUGGACAAGGAACUUCACGAUGUCCGCAAGAAGAUUGGGGAAAUUGUCAACUUGUCCACUGCUGCUUACGAUGCCAGGGUGGAGGCUCAUUCCAAGAUGACCAUGAUGAGGGAGAAGGCAGUGAAGGACCUUGCACAGUACAACGCUGAGAUGAAGGAACUGGAAAGGGUUAUUGCACACGAGUGUAGCCUGAAAGAGUUCAUGACCACCAAGUGCAGCGAGAGGAAUGGGCAGGAUUAUGGCCAUGACAUGGGCCACAGGCAGUCGUCAGAGAUGAAGGAGCAGAGGAGGAUGGACUCCGGGGAAGAGUCUCUGGACGCUCUAGAGGAGGUGUUUGACAGGAUCCAGACUGUGACAGGGGAGGACAACCUGGACAUGCUGGUCACCAGGUUCAUCCAGGUUGAAGACCGGAACUUUGCACUCUUCAAUUUUGUAAAUGAGCAAAACAAUGAGGUCGAGGCACUGAGGGAACAGAUUAGCCAGAUACAAGCGGAGAUUGAGCAGUUUCGAGAGGCAGGUUUAAAACAGGAGCAAGAUCAUCGCUCUUUGCUGAGAGACAUUGAUGAGCAACAAAAGGAAACCGAAUCCCAAGCUGAGGACUAUGAACACCAAGCCAGCAUCAUAAGCAAAACCCUGGAAGAGAUUAAAACAGGUGUGAACAGUAUUUUCUCUAAAAUGGAGUGUGACCGCUCAGUGAUAGAGGAUGCACUGGGCUCCUCUACAGGGAUCAGUGACAACAACAUCAUGUCCUACCUGGGUCUGGUGGAACAGAAGACCAACGAGAUGCUCACCAUACAAGCUUUCCUCAAUUCUAAAGAUCUGGAGAAGGACUUCAAUCCAAAAGACCUGGCCAAAUUUCUUUUGGGGCAAAAUCCAGAACUGCUUCAGCAGAAUAUUGAUAUCCAACCUGCAAUCAACAGUGUGGAUUAUGAUGCAGAAGAGUCUCCCGUCACUGAUGAGGAAGAACGGCCACUGUCACAGGAGGAACUUCGCAGAAGAAUAAUAAAAGGGGUUCUGCAGAAAGAGAGGACGACGCUCCCUGGGAGACGCACCGAGCUGAAGCAUUGACCAUAUCAGUGUAGUCAAUGUGCACAUAUUUAAGAAAUGGGAUCCUCAUCUGCACCAUCAGUAGCAGCUGAAGGGUCUGCUUUCAUUUUUUUACUAAAAUAUAGAUCAGAGGAGGCUUUGACCGCUGAUGGAACCAGCUUGAUUGGCCAUUUUGAAAUGUUGCAGCUUGCACACAAAAAAAGUUAAAACUUAAUUAUGUUAUGUGUAUGUCGCAUUUUAUGAUGAAUCAUUGGCAUGGCCUGAAUAUUACAUCUCGGUGUGAUUUGUUUAGUUGUAACUAAUUAGGUUCGGCGCUAUAAAGAUGCCUUUUCAGACUCUGGUAACCAGCUGUCCUUUUGAUGUGUGACUUGCCAUCUGGCUUUGACUGUACAAUCUGGUCUGAGUACAGCCCUCCUUCGCUGGCAGCGUUUCAUUACAUGAUACUUGCUGCUAUGCUCAAAAGGAAAGGUUGGGGGCAGCAGAACCUUUUGUAAUUUUAAUUGGCAUGCUGAGACCUUGAUUCUGUUUCCAAAAAGGAGGUGAGAAGCUUUUAGCGCUUCACUGUACAGACUGAUUUUGAACACAUUUUUGUUGGUGGAAUAAUUAUGAUUUUUUUCCCGUUUGUUUUGGUGAAUCACAGUCAUUAAUUCAGAUUUCUGUCUUAAAAUCAGUGUCAUUAUUCAAAUAAACUGUCCUCUACAACCUU